CAGAGGCUCGUUCCUAGAAAGGCUUUGGAAUGCUGGAUGGGAAAAGAGCCUCUUCCUGGCCCCGCCUCCUUGGUCCAGGCAAAUUUUGAACAGCUGCAGGAGGAGGUGAGUUGCACAGCAGGAGUCUAUUUAGGGAAAGCAGAGCAAGAGGGGAAGGGAAGGGUGCCCAGAGGGGACAAACCUAGGGAGUGAAGGUGGGUGAUCUUCCGGAACACAGGCGUUGGCAGUGGGGUUUCCUCCUUCCUAUUCUUCUGCAUUCCAAGUCCUGCCGAGUUAAGACCCAACAUGAAAGAGGUUAAAAUGGAGAACCAUGAAAAAGGAGCCAGGUUUCCUUGAGGUCUGAGGCUGGUGAGUGGACAGACUCUUGCUGUGAGGACGAUCUCAUGUCCCCUGACCAAACUGCAGUCUGUGCAGGUAAGGGAACGUGUCAUGCCUUUGGCACGGGCAAAGUUCAUAAAUGUAUUUAGUUUGUAUAGUUUGUAUACAUAAAUGUAUUUAGUAUUGUACUGGGUAGCUCGGCUCCACCUACUGGCCAAAAAGAAUAUUGCAAGAACGGCAGUUGCUGACAGUUGCUGACAGUUGGCCUGAGGGGUUAGAGAGGAGGAGUUCAGUGGUGCGAGGUACCAGAGGGAGUGCUGUUACAUGUUCUCCACCUGCAAGAUAGUAUCGUUGUUUUACCUCAUUUAAUACUUGUCUUCACACUUAUUAUUUGUCUUAUUUGAUUUAUUUUACCUUGUCCUUGACUGUUAAUAAAGUAUAGGAUUAAAAGUAAAAAACAGUCUCUUUCCUUCCGUCGAAGACAAGAAGGUUUAGCUGUAUGUCGAACUACCUAGGUCACCAGGCACGGUAGUGAGGACAGAACAGUAAAACAACGGCUUUCCAGCAAGUGGAAAGAGAUAAGACUACACAGACCUGCUAUUCUGUCAACGCACACGCCUGCAUACGACAAUAGCAAUAGCAAGCUCUAAACAGUCAGACAUCUCCUUAACAACAUGUCUCAGAGUCGGGCAUCUUCGGGAAAGGCAAGGUCCCAAGUCUCUGGUACUUCUAAAUCUUCCACUGUGAGUAAUGCACUCGCCAUCGCUCGCGCCAAGGCUGAAGCGGCUAAAACACGAGCAGCCUUCGCAGAGCAAGAAAUAAAGAUGAAACAGGAAAAGGCUAGGUUGGAAGCAAGCCUAGAAAAACUCAUUGUAGAAAAAGAAACAGCAGCCGCCAUAGCUGAGGCAGACGCCUUAGAAGCGAGUUUAAUUCCUGUCAGUGAACGCAACAGUGUACUCAGCCCAGAUCUGGGACUACAAGAUCCCCUGCAACGGACUUCAGAGUACGUUUAUCAGCAUUCCAAAUCAAGUGACUAUGUACCUCUGCAACAACCUAGAGAAGAGGACAUCAAAACGGCAACCCAAGACUUUUACACGGUGCUGCUGCAAAACAGAGACAAGCCUAUUACUCUGAGCAACCCGGCAAACUCAACCUUCAAGCCGGAGCGGUACAACAGAGAUCACAUGAAAUCAGAACCAUCAGAAAGGUACGAUUAUCCCAUACCUUUGCAUCAUAGUGACCCUCACCACACUGAUCCAACCACAAUAGACUUUGCCAAGUUCCUUGCUAAACGUGAACUAGUCACAAAAGGACUUGAAAAGUUUAACGACCAACCUGAAAGUUACAGAGCCUGGCGCGCUUCCUUUCAAAAUGCUAUCGAAGGCCUAGACCUAUCGUGCUGGGAAGAGAUGGACCUCUUAGUCAAGUGGCUUGGUAAAGAGUCUGCCGAACACGCCAAAAGAAUUAGAACAAUAAACAUUAAUUACCCAGGCAUCGGCCUUAAAAUGAUUUGGAAUAGACUUGAGGAGUGUUACGGUUCAAUAGAAGCUAUAGAGAACGCACUAUUUAAAAGACUCGAUAGUUUUCCUAAGAUACCUGCCAAAGCUUACCAGAAACUCAGAGAAUUGAGUGAUUUACUAAUGGAACUUCAAGUAGCUAAAUCUGAAGGAGACUUACCUGGACUUACGUUUUUAGACACAGCUAGAGGUGUCAACCCCAUUGUACAAAAGUUACCUUACAAUCUACAAGAACAAUGGAUUGCACAUGGUUCUAAAUUUAAGAGAAAACACAACGUUCCAUAUCCUCCCUUUUCUGUUUUUGUGGAUUUUGUGAACCAACAAGCUAAGAUGAGGAAUGAUCCCAGUUUUGAUUUCUCACUGUCAAGUGUUAUUUCCCACGGACUGAACAAGCCCCCAAUAUCAGUACACAAAAUUAAUGUAGACUCUCCAGAUUCUCCUUUCAGGUCUGCUAGCUCUUCUCUCACGGAGGCAAGAAUUAAGGAUCCUGAUAAACAGUGUCCUCUACACCGCAAGCCUCAUCCUCUGCAGAAUUGUAGAACCUUCAGAGAGAAGCCUUUAGAAGAACGUAAGGCCUUCCUGAAGCAGAACAACCUUUGCUACAAGUGCUGCUCAGCCUUUCACUUAUCUAAGGAUUGUAAGGUCAGUCUGCGAUGCCGAGAAUGUGAUAGUUCAGAUCACAAUACGGCUCUACACCCUGGGUCUGCCCCAUGGUCCUUACAACACACAGACAGCUUCACUGAGCAUGGCGGGGAGCAAAAACACACUCCUACAACUACGCCAGAGAUUACCUCAAAAUGCACUGAGGUCUGUAAAGGAACCAUAACUGGCAAGUCUUGCUCCAAAAUCUGUUUAGUUAGAGUCUACCCUGUAGGUAACAGGAAUAAAGCCAUCAAACUAUAUGCCAUUCUAGAUGACCAGAGUAAUAAGUCUCUAGCCAGCCCAACCUUCUUUGAUAUGUUUGAUAUCAAAGGCCCUAGCUUUCCAUACUCCUUGAAAACGUGUUCAGGUAACGUUGAGACAGCGGGGAGAAGAGCAUCCGGCUACAAAGUAGAGUCCUUAGACGGCCAAACUUCUUUAACUCUACCAACCCUCAUUGAAUGCAACCAGAUUCCCGAUCAAAGAUCUGAGAUUCCGACCCCAGAUGCAGCACGUCACCACCCACAUUUAAAACGCAUAGUGAAUCUAAUACCUCAACUAGACCCGCAGGCUCGGAUUAUUUUACUCCUGGGGAGGGAUAUCUUAGAAGUCCAUAAAGCAAGAGCCCAGAUUAAUGGUCCUCACAAUGCCUCUUACGCCCAGAAGCUGGAUUUAGGAUGGGUCAUUAUAGGAGACGUCUGCCUUGGAAGCAUGCACAAACCAAACUCUGUCAACAGCAUGCUCACAAAUACAUUAGAGAAUGGUCGCCCUUCUCUUUUCCAACCAUGUCACAACCACUUCAUUAUAAAGGAAUUACCUCAAAAAAAUCAUUCAAUUUGCCCUGUCGUCAACCUCCCUAACGAGGACGUCGGUUGUGACAGCGACACAGAUCAUCUAGGGUGUACAGUCUUUCAAAGAACCAGGGACGACAAUAAGGUGGCAAUGUCUAUAGAAGAUAAAAUGUUUUUACGGACUAUGGAACGGGAAUUUGUUAAAGAUGAUACAAAUAGCUGGGUCGCACCCCUUCCCUUUAAACCGCAGAGACGACGGCUACCUAAUAACAGAGAUCAGGUGCUCAAACGCCUCUCUUCUCUCAGACACAAUUUACAAAGGAAGCCAGAGAUCAGAAAUCAUUUCUUCUCCUUUAUGGACAAGAUAUUUAAAAACCGUCAUGCGGAAAUAGCUCCCAUCCUCAAAAACUCCGAAGAGUGUUGGUAUCUGCCAAUAUUUGGAGUGUACCACCCCAAAAAGCCAGGCCAGAUUAGAGUAGUAUUUGACUCCAGUGCCAAAUUUGAAGGUAUCUCCUUAAAUGACGUCCUUUUGACAGGACCAGAUCUCAACAAUAAACUUUUAGGAGUACUCCUUCGUUUCAGAGAAGACUCUAUUGCCUUCACAGCAGAUAUUCAACAGAUGUUCCAUUGCUUCUUUGUUAGAGAGGAAGACAGAAAUUUCUUGAGAUUUUUCUGGUUCAGAGACAAUGACUUCUCUAAAGACAUCAUAGAGUACCGCAUGAAGGUACACAUCUUCGGUAACAGCCCCUCUCCCGCAGUUGCUAUCUAUGGACUUAGACAUUCGGCACGUGAGGGAGAAGCAGUGCAUGGCACAGAUGUUAGACAACUCGUAGAGAAGAAUUUCUAUGUGGACGACUGCUUAAAAUCUCUGCCUUCAACUGAGUCCGCAAUCAGUCUCCUUAAAAGAGCGCAGCAGAUGUUUGCCUGCUUUAACCUCAGACUCCAAGAUUGCUUCAAAUAGUAAAACUAUAAUGGAAGCUUUUCCUACUCAAGAUCACUCCAACGAGCUAAAAGAUUUGGAUUUGGGAACGGAUUCUUUACCUAUCCAACGCAGUCUUGGUCUGCUUUGGGACCUGAAAGCAGAUUCCUUUACCUUCCAGGUAAAUACAGAUGAAAAACCCUUUACUCGCAGGGGUAUCUUAUCUGCGGUAAACAGUCUGUAUGACCCACUAGGUUUCGCAGCUCCUGUCACUAUACAAGGUAAAGCAUUACUUAGGGACUUAACUCGUGGGACAUCUGACUGGGAUGCUCCACUACCCCCUGAAAAAAAAUCUCAUGGGUGAACUGGAAAAAUUCCCUAGCUGCUUUGGCUGAACUCCAGGUUGUACGCCCAUACGCAACCAUACCCUCCACGAAAGUACGAAACCAAAAACUCUGUAUAUUUUCUGAUGCCUCUACCAAAGCAAUAGCUGCUUUUGCUUACUUGAGAACUGUAUAUUGUGAGGCACAGUGCCAUUUAGGAUUUGUCAUGGGCAAAGCAAAACUUGCUCCUCAUCCUGAGCACACUAUACCCAGGUUAGAACUGUGUGCUGCAGUAUUAGCGGUUGAAUUAGCCGAACUUGUCACUUCGGAACUGAACAUCAAUCUUAAAGAUGCUGAAUUCUACACCGACAGUAAGGUAGUGUUAGGGUAUAUCUACAAUGAGAGUAGACGCUUUUAUGUCUAUGUUAACAACAGAAUUCUACGGAUUAGGAAAUCCACUUGUCCAACUCAAUGGCAUUAUGUACCUACUGAACACAAUCCUGCAGAUCACGCUACAAGGGCUGUUGCAGCUGGUCAUCUCAAAAACACCACAUGGUUGACAGGACCUGCUUUCUUGUACAAGACAGAGCUGACUGCCCCUCAGAAUGACAUAUUUGAACUAGUGAACUCAGACCUUGAUUCUGAAGUCCGUCCUGAAGUUUCUGCACUUCAGACAAUAACUACAGUCAGUCAUCUCGAGUCUCACAGGUUCAGUAGAUUCUCGACCUGGAAGUCACUCAUUAGAGCCAUUGUUAGCCUAACCCACAUAGCUCAUUCAUUUAAACAUGUCACACCUUCAGUAGAGAGUAAUUGUAAAGGCUGGCAUCUGUGUCCCAACAUCCGCACACCAUCAGAGCAUCAACAUGCGCAAAAUGUGAUCAUUGGCAUUGUGCAACAUGAAGUCUAUGCCAGAGAGAUUAACUGUAUCUUGAACAAAAAGGUUAUCCCUAAGGACAGUACUCUUAGGAAACUUGACCCAUUCCUCGGUCGAAAUGCCCUGUUAAGAGUAGGUGGUCGUCUCAAGCAAGCUAAAUUAGAGUUGAAUGAAAGAAACCCUCUAAUUAUACCUGGCCAGCACCACAUCGCUUCUCUGAUUGUACUGCAUUACCACCACCAAGUCAGACAUCAAGGACGUCUAUUUACAGAAGGAGCUUUACGUUCUGCUGGUUUUUGGAUAGUGGGAGCCAAACGGCUUGUGAGUACUGAAAUUUAUAAAUGUAUUACUUGCCGUAAGCUUUGUGGCAUACUUCAAACACAAAAGAUGGCCAAUCUUCCAGCUGACAGACUCAGCACAGACCCUCCCUUUACCAAUGUAGGCCUCGAUGUCUUCGGCCCCUGGUCUGUUUCCGCACGUCGUACUAGAGGAGGUUAUGCAAGCAGCAAGCGCUGGUCAGUCUUGUUCACCUGCAUGUCUAUUAGAGCUGUCCACAUCGAAGUGAUUGAGUCUAUGGACACGUCUAGCUUUAUUAAUGCUUUAAGACGUUUUAUUGCUAUUAGAGGCCCUGUAAAAAACAUUCGCUCUGACAGAGGCACUAAUUUCAUUGGUGCCACCAAAGAACUGAGCAUUCUCUCAAACUUAGACACAAAACAAGUAGAAAGAUAUUUGAGCAGUCAAGCUUGUACAUGGACCUUCAAUCCACCGCAUUCUUCCCACAUGGGAGGAGCUUGGGAAAGAAUGAUAGGAGUGGCUCGUAGAAUCUUAGAUUCCAUCUUCCUACAAAUAGGGAAUACUAGGCUUACUCACGAGAGUCUGACAACCUUCAUGGCAGAAGUUGCAGCAAUUAUUAAUGCCAGACCUUUAACCCCUCUCUCCAAUGACCCAGAAGAACCCUUUUUGUUGACACCGGCAACUCUCCUUACUCAAAAAAUUGAAGUAGUCAGUACACCUCCUGGUGAGUUCACUAACAAAGACUUGCAUUUGCGUCAAUGGAGACAGGUUCAAAGUCUUGCAAACACCUUCUGGGAUAGGUGGAAGAAGCAGUACAUCUCUAUGCUACAAUCAAGAUCUAAAUGGCAAACUGCCAAGCCUAAUCUAAACAUUGGUGACAUCGUUCUUGUUAAAGACUGUCAGUCUCAAAGGAAUGAAUGGCCAUUAGCCUGCAUCACCAAAGUCUUUCCAAGUGAAGAUGGAAGAGUCAGGAAAGUGGAAAUUAAAGUAUGCAAAAACCAACAAACAAAGUUGUUUCUUAGACCAGUCUCUGAACUGGUUCUACUGUUGUCAUCGGGGGAAUCAAAUAGUGGUAUCUGUUGAUACCAAGCGGGGAGUGUCAUGCCUUUGGCACGGGCAAAGUUCAUAAAUGUAUUUAGUUUGUAUAGUUUGUAUACAUAAAUGUAUUUAGUAUUGUACUGGGUAGCUCGGCUCCACCUACUGGCCAAAAAGAAUAUUGCAAGAACGGCAGUUGCUGACAGUUGCUGACAGUUGGCCUGAGGGGUUAGAGAGGAGGAGUUCAGUGGUGCGAGGUACCAGAGGGAGUGCUGUUACAUGUUCUCCACCUGCAAGAUAGUAUCGUUGUUUUACCUCAUUUAAUACUUGUCUUCACACUUAUUAUUUGUCUUAUUUGAUUUAUUUUACCUUGUCCUUGACUGUUAAUAAAGUAUAGGAUUAAAAGUAAAAAACAGUCUCUUUCCUUCCGUCGAAGACAAGAAGGUUUAGCUGUAUGUCGAACUACCUAGGUCACCAGGCACGGUAGUGAGGACAGAACAGAACGGGAAGAACUCACAGCUAUUUCUCAAAUAUUUUCUGAUGCCACAGUAUUUAUAGCUGUUAAGAGAUGCUACUCAAGAGACUAGGGCUGUGUGAACGCUACACCUUUAAAGCACAGUCUUUCCCUUAAUGAAUUCUGGGCACUGAAGUUUGUUAAGGGUUGCUGAUAAUUGUAACUCUGUGGGGUGGAAACUGCAAUGCCCAGAAUUCUUUUGAAGGAAAGAAUGUGUCUCUCCUGUGCACUAAAUAUUUAGUGUAUACACAGCAAUAUGCAAUAAAUGCCCCUUUGAGAGCCCCGAAGACAGGCUGCUCACACACCACACAUUUAAAGCACCU